AAAAAAAACUCAAUUUGACAGAUUCUCUUGUGCAGCUGAUUCUUGAUUUUUGUAAAAUUGGCCGAAAUUGAACAAAAGGAUACAUAUUUUCUUAUUUUUUACGAAAAAUCGAUAACUUGCACCCAUGUGAUGAUAGUUAACUAUCCGCCGGCAGCAUCACUUUGACUGAAACGACCAAUCUGCAUCCAAUAUUCAUACAGGGCGGGCCAUGCAAUCAGCAUGCGAGUCGGGCGCGGUGUGGGCGGCGCUGGAGGGAGCAGCAUCGGGGGCUCUCCCUGCACUCUACAGUGCCGUCCGCGAGUCCUGGCUCACCCGCGGCCUGCUCCAGUACCACGCGCGCACCGGCAGCGCCCGCGCCCUGGACGUGCUGGCGAGAGCGCCGGACCUGCAUGCGAAGUUACUGCUCGAUGCGAUUAAUGAAGAGCUGUGUUCGGAGAGGCAGAACAGGCAUCGUGCCCUGGCGUCGUUGGCGCCGCUCGCGGCUAGACGGCCGGCGUGGCUGCACAGACUAGCAGCGCACCCGGCAGCGCGGGCCCUAACCCGCGCAGCCCGGGGGGAGCGCGACACGACAGCCCGUCUACACGCGCUGCUGGCGCUAGCCGCGCUCGCUGCGCACGAGCCCGCCGCCGCCGCGCCGCUGCUGCCCGAGCUGGCUGACGCGCUGCUCCGCGCUGCAGCCGCCCAGGAGCCGCAUUUACAGCUAGCAGCCCACGCGUUGUUCCACGCGCUCUACGCCUCCCAACCCGUGACCCUGCUCGAAGCUCUCCGCUCAGAGUACAGCGCGCGCGACCAGCCGGCGCGGGAGCGGUUGCAGCGAGUGUUGCCGCCGCUGCUGCGGGCGUCCCGGCUGCACCCGCUGUUGGUGUUGCAUGUGUCGCCAAGAGCUGUUGGGGAUGGCAGGCGAUACGAGCUAGAGUCCCCGCGCAACGAGGAGUCCCCGGCGCCCGUGCCGCCUGCGCCCCUCCCCCCGUCCCCCGCGCCCCCCGGCGCUGCCGUCACCGCGUCCCGCGCCCUAGCCGCCCUGCGCCCCCCGACAGACCCCUGGUUUCCCCUGACAGAGCGCUGCGGGGCCGACAGCGCACCACACACGCCAUUACCCCCCGAGGCUACAGGCGAGGGAGGAUCACCCCCCGAAGCAGCGGUGGAAGCCACUCCAGAGAACACUCCGGCUAAGGAAUCCAGGGCUCAUUUCACCUUCCCGGCAGAGUCUGGGGCAGCCAGAGCGUUGGGAAGGCUGUCCCAGCCGCCGUCUCCGCUCAGAAAAGAAAGCUCGCCCGGCCCUGGAUUGCAGUUUUCUUCAGGCACUAAUGAGGGGUAUUCGGGGAGAUUAGCCCGAGUAGUGCUAGAACGGGCUAGGGCGGCCCCGGACUCGCCUAUACCUUUCGGAGGCGCCCCGCCCGCCGCCGCCGCGCGCCCCGAACCUAGAAACGCUGAACCGGAAGAACCAUUAAACGUUGAAGACCGUGAGGUUCUAGAACUAACAUCUCGCAGUGACGACGCAUGGCCAGAGUUAUCUAUGCCGGUGGUGCUGGCCCCCGCGCGCCGCCCCCCGCCCCCGCGCCGCGCCCCGGCCCCGCCCCCGCGCCGCCCCGCCUCCUGCCCCCCCGCGCCCCCCGCCCGCGCCCACGACGCUGCGGUUCAAACCGUGGAGACCGCCCCGGAGCCCUACGAGUUUAUAAUACAGGACUACUUCAAGGCGAUCAAUGAGGAGCAGGCGAAAGAGCGCCUAGAAAACGGCAUAACCCCGGACGGCGUCCGCCCCUCGGCCCGAUUAGACGCUUACCUCGCGCGCCUCUACUCGGGGGCUCCGGGGGCGGGGGCGGGGGGCGCGGGGGGCGAGCUGGCGGAGGCGCUGGCGCUCACGCACGCGGCGUUGAUGUUUGAGAGGUGGCGGAGAGAAGCGCACGCGGAGAGGUGUAGGCGGCUGUUGGGGAGGUGUCGACAGGCGCGAGCCCUAGAGCUCAACAACUCAGCCCUUCGCGACCGGGUCCGCGGCCUCCAACGCGAAUUAGACUCGUGUCGAGCGCGCGCCCGCCCGCCUCCCGCGCCCCCCGCCGCGCCCAACGACGAGCUGGUGGCCCGGCUGACGGCACAGUUAGCUAAUGAGACACUGGCACGGGAGCAGGCUGAGGCUAAGCUAAAAGAGGUAGAAGACCUCCGUCUAACCGAGGCGGCCGAGCUCCGCUCGCUGCGAGGCGCGGCGUGGGAGGCGGCGCGGCGCGUGGAGGCGCUGGCGGCGGCGGCGGCGGCGGCCGAGCGGCGCGCCGAGCACGUGCGCCGGAUGCGGCGGGAGCUGCUUGUACUGCAUGAGCGGGAUGAGAUGUUGCGACAGUCGGCAGUGACAUCCCACUCGGCGUGCUCAGCGGCAGAAGCGGCGGCGGCGCGCGCGGCGCGGGCCGAGGCAGCCGCGGCGCGGAGCGAGGCCGAGGCAGCCGCCGCCCGCGCCGAGGCAGCCAUCGCGAGGCAACACGACCUCGAACAGGCGCUGCAAGCCAAGGACAACACCUGCCAGGAACUGAGGAAAACAAUUGCUUACGCCGCCGAAGAACACACGGCGAGGCUAGCGGCCUUACAAGACAAAUAUAGAGCGUUAAUGCACGUGCAGAGGCGAAUGGAGUCGCGGAGGCUGGAGACGAUGGCCGGCGCCCCCGCCCCCCUCACCUCCCCGCACUCCUCCCCUCUGUCGUCCUCACUAGCUUCAGCGGAGGGAGUGCUAGCGUCCAGACCAGCUCUAGCCGACUGCAGCAGACUCAGGCACCUGUUGGAAGACGACGACCCCGCCACCAACCACCGCUGACCCCGCCCCACCCUCAGACUGUGCUGCACUCCGUAAUCGACCCUCUCAGGGUCGAAUCUAGUCUGAGCUGUGUGUCUCGUGUGUGGAUACGUUCGCUGUUAAUCACGCAUGCAUUCGAUGUAUAAGCUAAUUGUGCAAUGUACGCUACUGAAUAUUAUAUUACAAUGGAUAUUUUUGAAAUGGUU